AUGGAGUCCUCGCCGCCAAGGAGCAGUACAGCUGCUCCUAUGGCAGGUAUCAAGCGUCCGGCGGCCCUAUUGCCUGCUUUCGAGCCAUUGAGCUCGUCCCCGUCCCUGCCCCGACCACAGAAGCGUGUAGCACGCGAAGACCAUGGCAUCGUUUCCACCUAUCCCACUCCGGUCCCGACCUCGUCGACCCAUAUCAUGUCCUCCUCCCCUCCCCGAAUGGCUCUGCCGCGUCCGGCUUCUCGACGUACAUUUACAUCGACCUCGGAACGGACCCCUCUGUCCACCGUCCCCGAGUUGAUGCUGCCUGAGAGUGGUGAGCCGGUCUUGAUGGGGAGAUCCAGUGCCUCGUGUCAUCACCAACUUGCGGCCAACCGGAUGAUCUCAAGGGUCCAUGUCAAAGCCCGAUAUAAACCCGCCCCUAACCCAUUUGACCGUGAUACGGUGGAGAUUAUGUGCCUGGGAUGGAACGGAAUUAAGCUACACUGCCAGGGGAAAACCUACGACUUGGGCAAGGGCAAGACAUUCACCUCGGAUAUCAAGGACGCUGACAUCAUGAUCGACGUCCAUGAGGCUCGCGUGCUCGUCCAGUGGCCUCGGAAUGAUAAGAAGGACUAUACCUCCACAGAUUCAGAACAGACCUGGGAAGAGGAAACUACGCCUAAACAACGCAAGGGGCAAUCAAUCCGGAGUAUCCAUGACAGCCCUGCGGUCGAACGCCAACGCCUGGCAUCCCCGGUGUCACCCUCGCCCGCCGUAAAGUCUCUGGUGCCGCCAUCCUCUCCUCUGUAUACCCCGACACGCUCGCGGAACGCUGUGGUUGUGUACGAAGAUGAGGGCUCGCCUGUUCGCCGCCCCGUAUCUCCCGGGUCGUUGCCUGCCGAUGAUACCCAGACGUCUUCUUCCAGUGUGGAGGACCUCCUGCAGAGUUCACAGUCAAGUGAUCUGAGCGACCUGAGUAGACAUGACGACUUUUCGGAUCACGACGAGGAGAAUGAUCCUAUCAUUCAUUCCUUUGGACCGUUCGGCGAGAACCUCCUGCCCCGGAUGGCUUCUUUCACAGCAGAUGAGUCCCCACUGCAACCUGCUCGUCCACGCAAUCAGCUCUCGUCCCAGGGCCUUGAGCACGCCAAAUCCCCAAAACAAACAACCAAGACCGUAGAGUCCGCUGCCGAUGGCGAUAGUCAGGAGGAUGCCACACCGGUCAAGCCACAGCCGCUUGAUGAAAGCGGUGAACGCGUUCAGAACCACGCUGUCAACCAGCUGGCUUUCUCCCGUCUCUCCUCGACGCCCUUCUCCACCAUCCUCAACAACCUUCCGCCAGCCCUGUGGAAACGGGACAGCCACUCGAGACAGGGACCCACGAGAGAAGAGAUCCGUGCGAUUCUGGAUACCACGAAGUGCAUUGGCAAAGUCGCUCGUGAAGGAAAGGAUGCCGCGGGGAAGGCUCUGGAGAGUGAAUACUACUAUAUCCCGGACUUUGAUGAGGACGAUAUGCGACGGGAGGCCGUUGUUCAUGAUCUCCGGAAACCCGGCCUCCGAAACUGCCGCAAGCAGCACAAGCAAUACUUCUGGCGCAAGCCGAAAUAA